ACCACAGCUCAUGGCAACACCAGGUCCUUAAUCCACUGAGUGAGACCAGGGAUCGAACCUGCAUCCUCAUGGGUGCUAGUCAGGUUCGCCAACCACUGAGCCACGAUGGGAACUCCGGAUUUCUAGUAUAGUUGACAGCGGGGAUGCCCAACAUUGGGAAGAGAGCGGCGACCCUGGAUAAAUCUCUUCCCGUCUCCAAGUCUCGAGUUCUUCAUCUGUUAAGUGGGGAGAAUUUUAGCUUCAUUUACUGGUCCCUCAUCUUGGAGGAGACAGAAUCGGAUGUUGACGUGUGAAGUGCUUUCUAAACUGUAGCUAUCUAGACUAGAUUAUUAUUUUAGGUCCCGCAGGUCUUUGUGGCUGUAAUUCUCCAGCCUCAAGGUUGAAGAGGGAACGCGAUGUUUCUGGGUCAUCCUUGGAGUGCACAGCCUAUCCUGGUUGUCUGGGGACAAAGACAGAAAUGAAAACAAUCAGGUGCUCACCAAGGCUUGCUUUGUCUUCCUCGCUUGAGGUAAAAUGCAUCACUUUUUGAUGUUCUGAUGAUGGAUAUUUAUCAUCCCCCCCCCCCCCGCCCGCCCCGGGUGAGAAUGAUGUCGUGUGGCAGAGCUGCUAAGAAGCAGCUUUAUGUUUUGGCCUCUAGGAGUACUUUUGGAUAAACUUCUUUGCCCUCUUUUUUGUUCUCCACUAAAGAUGUCCCUUUAGAGAUGAGGUAGGACCUAAAUGUGUAUUGGUUUUACCCAAAUUACCCCCUUUUCCAUUCUUAUGUUGGUUGCCCCGAGCCCGCAGGCUCUGCGUGUUCUCUUUUCAGCUUGUAGUAAUGUCUUGAUGUUGGAGGACGAAAUGGGCAACGUGAUAUUGAGACGCUUGGUUCGGAGUCCCAGUGAAAUUGGUAGCACGUGGCUUCUGUCUGCCUUGAAGGGCUUGGGUUGUGUUUCUGCCUGAGCUGCCUGCCACCAGGCCACAGUCCUGGGUCCUCACCACCUGCCAUGUGACUCCUUUCCAAAGGAGCCUUCGACAGGUGCCACACGGACAGUCAGCCUGCUUUCUUAAUUGUUGGGAAAGAACUCUUUCCUGAGCUCUUGGGAGGGCUGGGUUGGGGUAUGGGGAAAGGGCCCCUGAUGAGCCUGGUUACUGUAGCGUCGCUUUGUCUGACAGUCCCGUCCACCGUGCAGCCUCUUCACCGGGGCUCAUAGUCGGUUGCAAUUUUUUGAGGGGGCUUUAUUUGAUAUAUUUACUUACAUAUGCACCACGCCUCAUUCCGAGGCGUUAAGGCCUUAAUGAGCAGUCAUUCCGGGAGCGCAGGGUUUUGCUUUGAUCUGACUGAAGUUCACUCUAAAUCCCCAGAGUGAAAACCAGAUUAAAAUAUGGGCAUCCAGUGCUUGUCCUUCUCAACCCAGCAGUGUUUGGGCUGAGUAGCUUUUUGUUUUAGCUCUGAAAACUUGACCUAAAACUUUAAUUAAAGACAGGGUUUGUUAAAUAUUAUUGGUAUUGACACCCUGACAGAACUUUUAAUCUGGAAGAAUUUUAAAGAUGCAUGAAAGUAAUCCCCAGUGGUGAUCCCAUCCUUGAAUCGAGAUCAGAUUUCUGUUUAAAUGCCAGCGCAGUUUAAUAUCACCUUUUUCCACCACGCCAGAGGCCCAGGGAGGGUCUGGAUUUGAUAAAUGAACUUCUUUGGGGGUAGCGAUUGGUAAAUGUUACUGCGGGAUCCAGCAUCUGCGUCUUUACAAAUGUUUUCAGAUACUCAUUCUGUAUUGUAAUCCUCAAAAUGAAACUUCAGUGGAAUCUGAAAGGUGGCUGGUGGAGGGAAAGGAAGGCUUGAAGUGAAGAAUGCUCAAGCCUGAUCGUCCCAGACUCUGCGCUCUGGGUGUAUCUGGGCCACGAGCCAAGACUCCUGGUGCAAGAGGUUAGGGAUACCUGUUUCUUUCUCCUGGACUGUCUGCUCCCCACUCUGCCCACCCCCCCACGUAAACAUCAUCAUCUUAGUUCCACAGGAACUCCUCAUACAAAUGUGGGACUUGCAGAGCUUCCAGAAAAGCGCAGUCUCUUGUGCUUGUGAUAAAUCAGAGCUCUAAUGAUGUUAUUAAAACGGGUUUUCUUUUGGCUCUGGUCAGCUAGAAAGCCUUUCUCGAGGUGGGGAGAAGGGGUCUGACUUGGAAAUAUCUGGAGCUGAAAAGUGGUGGGUUUUUCUCCUCUUUCCAAAUUCUCCUCCCUGCUCCAAUUAAAUAACGCCCUUGCUCCCCCAACAUUGACUAGGUCAAAAUGAAACACAUUUUCUACGCUAGAAUUAGCCUUUUUCUUUUCCUUCUAACAUGAGACUUGCUGAAGUUGUCAUGUUAUUUCCUUCCAGAAUUUAUAGGAGCAGGAGGCAAAGCCUCUUGGGAGUAUAAAUAAUGAUGAUUAUAAAGAACAGUCAGUUUACCAAGGAAGGCCAUUAUCUUUGACUUGCAAAAGCUUUACAGCAGAACAUUGUUUGCUUACAGUGGUUUAAUACAAAUGAAGACCUUAAUGGUACCUAUUGUAAGAGGAGUCCUUUUCCUCUGUUUGUGUACACGGAGGGCAUUGCAAUUAAGAACAGAACACCUUAGCAGGCCUAAGUGCUUGUUUCUCCAGGCAGGCGUUAUAUGAGGCCCAGGGGAGGCCUGGGAUGGUGGUUCAUGGUGGUUUUUUCCCCCCACCGUCUAUGGCACAGACUCCUUCCUGUUGAGUGGUUUUGAGAAGAUUUCUAAGGCUGAUAAGUGAUACCAAGUGUACUUUUGGAGUCCCUCCUCCAACUGCUUCCCACCCAAUUUACAAAUCCAAAGAUGGUUUUAAGACUAAUUUAAGGGACUUGUCUUGAGUAGGCACUGACAUUGGAUAAAUAUAUUUAAGUGGUAGGCUGUCAUGUUCUUAAUUAAAGCCCACAACAUAUCUGCAGGGGGAUGGGAAUCCUACCGUUGCAGUUUUUAUUUUUUGGGAGAUUUAAGUUACUUCUUAUUCCACUUUGCAGUCUAGCUACAGUGUGUGUGUGUGUGUGUGUGUGUGUGUGUGUGUGUGUAUGUGUGUAUUCUUGGCAUACGCUACUGUCCUUGGCUGCUGUAUCUUUAGCAAAGUGUCAGCCCCUUUUAGCCUUUCUUUUUAAAAAACUCUCUUAUAUCCCCAGCUUAUUCCAGUUCUUUUGGCAGUUCUUCAACUAUGUUUCUCUUGGCGUUCCACUGGUGGUUCAAGGCGAAAGGCAUGCUAGGCAUCUCAGUCUUCCCUGAGUGAUUUUGGAUGCGAAUGUGGUUUUUUUCCCCCGUAACAGUUCCGUGGUUUUUAGUAUAUUCGGAGUUGUGCAGCUUUCACCACGAUCAAUUUUAGAACCUUUUCAUCACCCCGAAAAGAAACUCCAUACCCAUUGGCAGUCACUCCACGUCUCACCCCAGUUUUUCCAGUCUCUGGCAACCACUCAUCUACUUUGUAUCUCUGAAUUUGCCUAUUCUGGACGUGUUCAUUAGAAGUCAGUUCCUUUUUAUGGCCAAAUAGUAUUUCAUCGGAUGAAGAUACCACAUUUUGCUCACCCAUCGGCUGAUGGGCAUUUGGGUUGUUGCCACCUUUUGGCUCUUGUGAAUAGUGCUGCUGUGAGCAUUUGUGUCCAGGUCUUGUGUGGGGCUGCUGCUGGCAUUUCUCUUGGAACACCUCAGUUAGACAGUCUUGCACAUCUAGAUUAUUGCUCUGCUUAUUUACUGCUCUUUGACUUACCUGCUAAGCUUUUGGCCUGCAUCCCUGAACCUUCUGAGUUCUGUUCAGUGCUGCCCAGGGCCCUCUCCGGCCUUGCCCUUGGGGGCAGGACACUCGUUUUCCCUGACUGCCGCCGUGCCUGGGUUGCCAACAGGGGGCUUAUUUCCUCAACCUCAUUGCAGGCUCUACACGCUGUUGGCACAGGCUCAGCGUGCUUUGGCAUGAGAAGGUAGUAGGGCUUGGGGUGUCACCAUGGGGUGAUUGGCUUUUAGUGGGUGCUCAGAUGUUUUGGAUUGAGGGCUCUCAGGUACAUCUGCACAGCCUCUACCUCUUAGAGUUUGGGAGAGUUGAGUGAGUUAAAAACCUGGCCUCAGAGCAGAGAAGGACCGGGGAACUGUUUUCCUGACUUACCGUUGGUUUUGACUGUCGUGGUUACCAGGGUAGACCUUGUUUGGCAGAAGACUGGGGAGUGGAACCACUGUAUGCCCAGAAAUCCUGCUUGAUUUUCCUGCUCCUUCCAAGCCUGUGACCUAAAUGAAAAAUACCUGAGAGAUCAAAAAAGGCCCUCAGAAUAAACUCAUUUAAGAAAUGGGUGUUCUUUUCAGCAAGAGGGUACGUAUGGUACCAUGUUUUCUUUUGCCACUUCUGAGUCUUUUCCAGAUUUGUGUUGCCCAGGUCAGGGUGAAAUUAUUGAGAUCAGUCUGCUGUUUGAAUUGGGCACUUUUUGCUCAUUUUUGAGUGUUUAUAGGAAGCAUGAGGUGAUAGAGGUGGCAUGAGGGGGACCCUUCCCGUGACCUGAGGGUGCUGGAAGCGUUUGGAGGCAUGGACAGUGCCGGUGCUGGUUUUCUGGGAGUGCCUUUCCUCAGGUUCCUGGUGGUAGGAGGCCAAAGACCAGAGUGUUAGCAUUUGGGGAUCUUAGUUAUUAUGCAGUGGUCAAGUUCAGUGUCAAAAAAUGUUCCUUAGUAACGGUAUCAAUCGUGCUUUUUCGCACUCCCUGGCUUUUCUGGUACAGCUCUCGGUUCCAGCUUGACUCUUGUGUUCAGGUCAUUGAUUUGCCUUCCUUAAAGGGGACCCCGGCACUGUUUUCUCUGUUGUGGCUGAAUAACCAAGUAUUUUCAAGGUGAGAUACCCACCUCAGUUUAGGAGGUAGGCGUGAGUGACUGAGGGUGUCUGCAGUGAAUAUUUAAGGAGGAGUUCCUGUUUGAAACUUCGUAUUGUUUCACUGGAAAUCUGUGUUCUGUUCUGCCAGGCUGCCUUUGUGCGGUGUACCUAUAACCUACACACAUACUUGUGCCAUUUCCAAAGCAAACGCCACAUCCCGCCUACUAAAAUUGCUUAUUAGAGCUAAUUUUACGAAUUGAGUUAGAACUGCCCUAUAAUGUAAUGCAGAAUAUUUCCCAAUAAUGCCUAGGUUAACAAUGAUAGUCUUGCUGUAUUGUGCAAAAAAGGCUUCUGUUCAGACCCAGCUGGGUUUCAGGCUUAAUUCAUUGCUCUAUGGUGGGAUCACCACAGCUGCUGUGGGGCCUUUACAAAUGCAAAAAAGCUGUCAGUGUUUGUUUCAUCAGCUGCAUAAGUGAUGAGGCCAAGUUGAGGAAUCCAUUCCAGGGCGCAGUGUGCAGGCUGUAGCCAUUAUUGUUUACAGAAUUAGUGUGUUGGAGCUUUAAAAUAGUUGGCACAUCGACCGCCCUUUAAAAGCACAAGACUAAGGGACCGGAGCAGUUGGUUGUCCUUGUAAUGUUGGCCGGAUCCAGCCCAGCCCUUGUCUUUGACAGUCACUUGCUCUGGUCUGUGCUGUGGGACUGACCCUCUUUUGGACAAGGGUGGUAGGGGGGAGCAGAAUUCAUGUCCCUUUAGCUCUGCCUCUCAAACUUAGGUUUGCAUUCUUUUUUCUUUUUUUGUCAGUUAUUUUAGAGUCUCAUAAAUGUAAUUGAAUUUUCAAGCCUUAAUAAUUCUCCUAGCUCCAAAGAGGUAUAGGACUGUCAGCUGGGACUUCAGAUAUCUGUGCAGUGAUGCUCCAGAUGCAGCUCUGGGGGAUUUAUUUUGUGAAGUGAUACUGCUUUGGGAAUUGUCCUCACUUCUCCCUGUGGGUAUGGAAGUCAAGGCUACUUCUUGGCUGCAGAAAGACCGCUGGACAGGUCCCUUUCCAGCCGGUUAAGGGGGUAUCCCUGCAGGAUCCUCAGUGGCAUUUUCAUUUUCACCUGAUUUUCAGCCCCCUUCUCAACUCCAGGGUCUGUCUGGACGCGUUGCCUCGUGGAAUUGGAGGGAACUGGGGGUGGCCAGUCUGUACAGGUUUUAUUUUUUUAUUUUUUGACUUUUUUUGUGUUUUUAGGGCCGCACCCAUGGCAUAUGGCGGUUCCCAGACUAUAGCUGCCGGCCUACACCACAGCUAACGGCAACACCAGAUCCUUAACCCACUGAGUGAGACCAGGGAUCGAACCAGCAGCCUCAUGGUUCCUAGUCAGAUUUGUUUCCGCUGCGCCACGGCGGGAACUCCUGUACAGGUUUUAAAAGUGGAGCUUGUCAGGUCUCUGCCAGGAUGAAGGAUGGCGCUUCCUUCCUCCCAGCUGGAAAGGUCUCACGGUGCUCUCCCAUAUUCAGAAAGAAGGUGGUACAAGGCUCAGGGGCUCCAACUUGAAGGUCAGUUCUGAUCAGCUUCCUCUCGAAUCGCUGUCACACAUGCUGUCCCCAAUUCCUCGCUGUCUCUGCCUUUUACCCUACGGAGGGUCUGGAGCCCAAGGGGACAGAGGGGGUCCCAUGACUCCCACGUGGAGUUUGUGCCGAUUCAACAGAGCUUGAGGACCUGAUCGGACCUCCUUAGAGCUCUUGAGAGGGGAGGGGAUGGGCUCUACCAAACCUGUCUUAACUCCCACAGGGAACCUCUGUGAGAGGACAAAUGCAGAUGUCAGUCUAGAGUUUUUGCUUGCUCUCUGCAGCCCUUCCCACCAGCCAUGGCCCUGGAACAGUGGGCAUGAAAAGGAAAAUAGCAGACGGUGAGUCCCACACCCUCUGCCCCUGGGGAGAACUACUUCAUGGGGCCUCGGAAGGAAACGACAGUUUCCUGGGCCUCGUUCUCCACCCAGAGUGCUUGGUUGCCCUUCAGGAACCAACCGCAUUGCCCCACCUGUUUCUCCUGGCUGGGGUAUGUGUUGUGUAUUUUGGCUUUAGGAAUCUUUUAUCAAAGCCUCUUAUGCUUUUAUUGAGUCAUUUUGAGGCAAGAAGUGUUCUUGCGUUUGUUUGAAAGUACUGUAUUCACUAUUUUAAAACCGUUUUGAGGGAGUUCCCGUAGUGGCUUCGUGGGUUAAGAACCUGACUAGCAUCCAUGAGGAUGCCGGUUCAGUCCCUGGCCUCGCGCAGUGGGUUAAGGAUCCAGUGUUGUUAUGAGCUGCAGCGUAGGUCGCAGACAAGGCUGAGAUCUGGUUUGCUGUGGCUGUGGUGUAGGCCGGCAGCUGUGGCUCCGAUUCAACCCUUACCCCAGGGUGGAAUCAGGUGUGGCCUUGAAAGAAAAAAAGCACAGUUUUGAGAGUACUAUCUGACCCAGCUUGCACGUGCGUGCAUGUGUGUGUGUGGUGUGUGUGUGUGUGUGUGUUUAUGUGAACGUCAUUUCACGACCCCUGGGGACCUCUGUUGCCUGCCUCCUAGGAAGCUGCUCUAAAUGCCUGCCUGCUGCUAUUGACUGGGUGUCCUGGAAGAUCAUGGGGUCUCAUCUGAGAGCCGACCUCAGUGUUCAGCGCUGUAAAGUGGGAUGCAGCUUUCUCCCUGCGGGAAGACUCGGGUGCAGCUUCGUUCCCUGCUCCCUGUUGCUUUCUUUCAGCGGCAGUGAUGGAGGGUUCGGGCGAAUCCGGACAUCACACUGUACUGGAUGGCAGACAGUUAAAUUGUUCUCCAUUGGCUGUGGGGACAGAUGAUGAGCUCAACACACAGUGUGUCCACGGAGAGCCUGACCUCAGUGCCCUCCACCCAUCCAAACAACUGAAAACCCACAAACAGCCUAGGUGCGCCGCUCAUGAGCAUCAGGUGUGGACUCCACUGUCUUUCCUUUUCACCUGUAGAGGUUUGGAGAGCUGCUUGAGGGGGAGGCAGAAGGCCUGGGGAAAGCCAGAGGCUGGAAGGGGAGCCUUUGGCUCCUCGCUGGAGGCGCGUCAGUUGUGAACCAGGCCAGGUAGAAGGAUGUUCUUAGAGUCAGGAUUCAAUGAUAGUAAAAUGUGGACAGACUCGCAGUGCUCAGAAUGGAGGCUGCCGAUUCUGGAUGACAGUGAUGGGAUUCCAUGGUCAGAAGAAAGGGUGGUACGGAAAGUCCUGUAUUUGUCUCUGAAGGAGUUCAAGAACGCCCAGAAGAGGCAGCACGGUGAAGGCAUUCCCGGGAGCCUGAAAACGGUGAACGGGCUCCUUGGUAAUGGCCAGUCUAAGGGAUUAGGACCAGCAUCAGAACAGUCAGAGAAUGAGAAGGACGAUGCAUCCCAAGUGUCCUCGACUAGCAACGAUGUUAGUUCUUCAGAUUUUGAAGAAGGGCCGUCGAGGAAAAGGCCCAGGCUGCAAGCACAAAGGAAGUUCGCUCAAUCCCAGCCGAAUAGUCCCAGCACAACUCCAGUAAAGAUAGUGGAGCCAUUGCUACCCCCUCCAGCUACUCAAAUCUCUGACCUCUCUAAAAGGAAGCCUAAGACAGAAGAUUUUCUUACCUUUCUCUGCCUUCGAGGUUCUCCUGCGCUGCCCAACAGCAUGGUAUAUUUCGGAAGCUCUCAGGACGAGGAGGAUGUCGAGGAGGAAGAUGAUGAGACAGAAGACGUCAAAACAGCCGCCAACAAUGCUUCAUCUUCAUGCCAGUCAACCCCCAGGAAAGGAAAAACCCACAAGCAUGUUCACAACGGACAUGUUUUCAAUGGUUCCAGCAGGUCAUCACGGGAGAAGGAACCUGUUCAGAAACACAAAAGCAAAGAGGCCACUCCCGCGAAGGAGAAGCACAGCGAUCCCCGGGCCGACGGCCGGAGGGAGCAGGCUUCGGCGAGCCACCCCCCAGCGGCCCCCUCCACGGGCUCCUCGGCCAAGGGGCUCGCCGCUAACCACCACCACCCGCCUCUGCAUCGGUCGGCUCAGGACUUACGGAAGCAGGUUUCUAAGGUCAACGGAGUCACUCGAAUGUCAUCUCUGGGUACAAGUGCAACCAGUGCCAAAAAGAUGCGCGAAGUCAGACCUUCACCGUCCAAAACUGUGAAGUACACUGCAACGGUGACGAAGGGGACUGUCACAUACACCAAAGCCAAGAGAGAACUGGUCAAGGAAACCAAACCCAAUCACCACAAGCCCAGUUCAGCUGUCAACCACACAAUCUCAGGGAAAACUGAAAGUAGCAAUGCAAAAACCCGCAAACAGGUGCUAUCCCUCGGGGGGGCGUCCAAGUCCACCGGGCACGCCGUCAAUGGCCUCAAGGUCAGUGGCAGGUUGAACCCAAAGUCAUGCACUAAGGAGGUGGGGGGGCGGCAGCUGCGGGAGGGGCUGCGGAACUCCAAGCGCAGGCUGGAAGAGGCGCCCCCGGCCGACAAGCCGCAGUCACCCCCGAAGAAGAUGAAGGGGGCGGCGGGUGCUGCCGAGGGCCCCGGCAGGAAGCCGGCCUCAGCCCAGGCCCCGGCCCCAGCCCCGGCCCCAGCCCCUGCCGAGAAGGCGCCGCCUGGCGGCCACGUGAAGAAGGAGGUGCCCGAGCGGAGCCUGGAGAGGAACCGGCCGAAGCGGGCAGCGGCCGGCAAGGGCCCGCCGGGCAGACAAGCACACAGCAAGCCGGACGCCCCCUGUGAACAUCGUUCUACCUCGCAAUCGGAGCCCCUGCCCCGGCCGCACGAGGCGGCGGCCAAGGCCGAGAAGGGGGCCGGCCGGGCCGGGUGGGCGGCCAUGGACGAGAUCCCCGUACUGCGGCCGUCGGCCAAGGAGUUCCACGACCCGCUCGUCUACAUCGAGUCGGUGCGCCCUCAGGUGGAGAAGUACGGCAUGUGCAGGGUGAUCCCGCCCCCGGACUGGCGGCCCGAGUGCAAGCUCAACGACGAGAUGCGCUUCGUCACGCAGAUCCAGCACAUCCACAAGCUGGGCCGGCGCUGGGGCCCCAACGUGCAGCGGCUGGCCUGCAUCAAGAAGCACCUCAGAUCUCAGGGCAUCACCAUGGACGAGCUCCCGCUCAUAGGAGGCUGUGAGCUCGACCUGGCCUGCUUUUUCCGGCUGAUUAACGAGAUGGGCGGCAUGCAGCAAGUGACUGACCUCAAAAAGUGGAACAAACUAGCAGACAUGCUGCGCAUCCCCAAAACCGCCCAGGACCGGCUGGCCAAGCUCCAGGAGGCCUACUGCCAGUACCUGCUCUCCUACGACUCCCUGUCCCCCGAGGAGCACCGGCGCCUGGAGAAGGAGGUGCUCAUGGAGAAGGAGAGCCUGGAGCGGCGCAAGGGGCCCCUGGAGGGCCACACGGAGCAGGACUACAACCGCUUCCACCCGCUGCCCCGCUUCGAGCCCAAGAACGGGCUCAUCAACGGCGUGGCCCACAGGAACGGCUUCCGCAGCAAGCUGAAGGAGGUGGGCCCCGCGCAGCUCAAGACGGGCCGGCGGAGACUCUUUGCUCAGGAAAAGGAGGUGGCGAAGGAGGAGGAGGAGGACAAAGGCAUCCUCAGCGACUUCCACAAGUGCAUAUACAAGGGAAGAUCUGUUUCUUUAACGACUUUUUACCGAACAGCUAGAAAUAUCAUGAACAUGUGCUUCAGCAAGGAGCCGGCCCCCGCGGAGAUCGAGCAAGAGUACUGGAGGCUUGUGGAGGAGAAGGACUGCCACGUGGCUGUGCACUGCGGCAAAGUGGACACCAACACGCACGGCAGCGGCUUCCCGGUGGGGAAAUCAGAGCCCUUUUCAAGACACGGAUGGAACCUCACCGUCCUCCCCAAUAACACAGGCUCCAUCCUGCGUCACCUCGGUGCUGUGCCUGGAGUGACAAUUCCCUGGCUGAACAUCGGCAUGGUCUUUUCUACCUCAUGCUGGUCUCGAGACCAAAACCACCUUCCCUACAUCGACUACUUACACACUGGUGCUGACUGCAUUUGGUAUUGCAUUCCUGCUGAGGAGGAGAACAAGCUCGAGGACGUGGUGCACACCCUGCUCCAAGCCAACGGCACGCCGGGCCUGCAGAUGCUCGAGAGCAACGUCAUGAUCUCCCCGGAGGUGCUGUGCAGAGAGGGGGUCAAGGUGCACAGGGCGGUGCAGCAGAGUGGCCAGUUCGUUGUCUGCUUCCCGGGGUCCUUCGUGUCCAAAGUGUGCUGCGGCUACAGCGUCUCAGAGACCGUGCACUUCGCCACCACCCAGUGGACGAGUAUGGGCUUCGAGACGGCCAAGGAAAUGAAGCGUCGCCAUAUAGCCAAGCCAUUCUCCAUGGAGAAGUUGCUCUACCAGAUCGCACAAGCGGAAGCGAAAAAGGAAAAUGGUCCCACUCUCAGUACCAUCUCGGCCCUUCUGGACGAGCUCAGGGAUACGGAGCUGCGGCAGCGCCGGCAGCUGUUCGAGGCUGGCCUCCACUCCUCCGCCCGCUACGGCAGCCACGACGGCGGCAGCGCCGCGCCCGACGGCAAGAAGAAGCCUCGGAAGUGGCUGCAGCUGGAGACCUCGGAGCGACGGUGUCAGGUGUGCCAGCACCUGUGCUACCUGUCCAUGGUCGUGCAGGAGAACGAGAACGUGGUCUUCUGCCUGGAGUGCGCCCUGCGCCACGUGGAGAAGCAGAAGUCCUGCCGGGGCCUGAAGCUGAUGUACCGUUACGACGAGGAACAAAUCAUCAGCCUGGUCAAUCAGAUCUGUGGCAAAGUAUCUGGUAAAAACGGCAGCAUUGAGAACUGUCUCGGUAAACCCACACCAAAAAGAGGGCCCCGCAAGAGAGCCACGGUGGACGUGCCGCCCUCCCGGCUCGCACCCUCCUCUUCGUGAAGAUGCCAGCACCGCGGGCGAGGGAUGGAUAUUUUUUUGUAAUUAUUAUAUUCUAGUUUGGAGUACUUGCUGUAGGAUACAAGCUGUCUUUGCACUAGCUCUAAAGAAGAUUUUCUUCUGGUUUUAGAGAACUAAUUUUGUUUUAGCAUUAAACUGUUGAACUUUUUUUUGUACUUAGAAUACCUAGAUACUGCAGUCAGAUUUUUGAAACUGCCGUAUAUUCACUGUUUUAAAACCCUUGAGGGGCUGUAUUAUUUUGUAUUGCCCCUUGUGGCUGACAAAAGCCUGUUUGAUUUUUUUUGUUUGUUUUUGUUUUCGUUUUUGUUUUUUUGUAAUUGUUGGGGAAAAAAGGCUUUUUAACCCGUUUUUGAAGAGGGUGAAGUUUGGAGAACAAAUUUUAAAAUCAGUCAUGUGAGCAGAUUUUUUUCUAGAGAGGAAAAGGGAUAGGAGACACACACACACACACACACACACACACACAAAACUUGAAAAGAAAUGGCUUUACUCGGGCUGUCUUUUCUUCUGUCAUGUGCAAGAUGAGUUUGUAAUUGUUGAAACCGGAGACUCCCCGUUGUGUUUCUUUGGGCGGUGAUGGCAGCUGAAGGCGGACGUUGUUUCCCAACAGGCGGGAGGAGGAGGUCGAGGGACGCGGUUCUCUUUACCAGCACAUCACUAUGCAUCUGCUUAAGGGAGAAGAGGAGAGAGAAGAAAAGGACUGCCUGCCUUGAGAGGUCACGUGAGGGAAACCUGUGCCUGAUUUCAUUAGGAAAUCCAUUCUGUUAUUUUUUGGUGCUGUUGGCUACUUUAUCAAAAAACCCUUCAAUAGCAUCCUUAAGGAAAAAAACAAAAAAACAAAAAAAAGGAAAAAAGUGAUGGAAGCCCGAAGUGCUUCUCUGUCAUGGAUGUGCAAUCUUUCUAACAUUCCGUCUUCAUCUCACUGCUUGUUGUUUUACACCUUCACAGGUCAGCAUUAACCUUUCUUUUUAAACUCGUUUCGUUGGUGAUCACAGCUAGAGCCACGAGGAGGUCUGCGGUUCGUUUUGAAUGUGAAAAUGCAUCUGCGCUCAUCUGGUCUAUUUUUUCUCUUCAUGUUGUAACAAAAAGAAAAAAAAAAGGAAAAAAAAAAAGAACCCCAUCCCUUUUGUACAUACGCCUGUAAAUUGUUUUAAAUACUUGAGCCUUUUUCUGGGUGGGGGAGGGGAGGGGUGCGAAGACGAGAUGAAGAAAAGCCUUACACUUCAGUUUCUUCAUCGGUUGGAUUGGAUGCUUACAGGGUUUUUCUUGUAACAUUUAUAAGUGCUGCUUACAUCACUGAACAACAACAAAAAAAUAAUAAUGGAGUAGCUGUUGCCCUUCUCCGGUUGUGUGUACAGUAUGUGUGGAAUAAAAAAGGGAAACUGUUUUCA